AAGUUUUCAGUGUGAAUAAUUUUAUACAGAAAUCUAUUAGUGCCUUUAUAUUUAGGGGAUGCACCUUAAUCUUGAAUUGUCUUUCAUGAAACAGUUCUCAUUAGCAAAAAGUUAUGUUGAUGUUAUUUCUUUGUCUGAUUGCUUUGUUCUUGGAACCUGAAAAAGCAAUAAGAAUAUAUAGAUAUGUAAAAGUUUUGUUAGACUUGGUGAAUGAAAAAUAAAUAAUAAUAAUUAAAUUUGUGAUUGCUUACACUUGCAAAUUUUAAAUAAUUCUGUUAAUUUUUAUCAUUUAAAAAAAAAAUAUUCAUGGUGAAAUUGACACUGAAUACAGUAGCAGCAUAAUGAAGUAGUACUGUUUAUGAUGGUGGUAACUGAGAUAUUACUAUACUUCAGAUAGAUGAUUGAUAUGGAAUAAUAAUAAAAUUAUUAUUUUUAUAUAAUACAAAAAUAAAUUAUUAAAUUAAUAUACAUGUAUUAAAAACAGUUAUCUUAAUUAUACUAUUAUGUUUCUUCUUUUAUAAAAAAAAAUUGUAUAUCAAUUAUAGGCAAGUGAACUUGAAAUUCUGCAAGCUGUUUUGAAAUGGGGUGAACAGCAACUUUGUAAAAGAGUGGAGGAGAGAGAACCAAAUAUAGUCAGUCAUACAGCUCAUAGUGUAAGUAGAAGGGGUCUUCGUAAAAGAGAUCUAAGUGAUCUAGAACUGAGAGAAUUACUUUCUGAUCUUCUUUGUCAUGUACGUAUAGACCAUAUUUUACCACCAGAUAGUGAAUUGUUAAUGUCUACUAUUAAAAGAGGACUUAUUAGUACUCCACCUUCAUUUAUGUUGGGAGAUGAUUUCUGUAUUGAUCACAAUUCAUGUAUGAGAACACAUACAUGGAUCAGGAGUCGAGGUAGUCGAGGUCUUUAUGUUCGACCCAGAUUAUUUACUCCCUAUGUGGAAGAAGCAAAGGCUUGGCUAGAAGAACAGUUAGGACAAGAAGCAGAAGUUGGACGUCGCAGAGUUUGGCCCAUUUCUCACAUUCCUGAUACAUUAUAUAUGGUAGAAAAACCUCUUGCACUUCAAGAGGGGUUUGUACCUUUUGGUCAUCUCUGUUCAACUGUAGCUCGUGAACAUAUAAAAGAAAUAUUAAUAGGUAAAUGAAUGUUUCCAUUUGUUUUAUCAUUACUAGAUUAAUCAUAACACAAAAACAUUCUUAUACACAAGAAGAGUUAGGAGAAAAGGGAAAUCAGUUAAGAGAAGAUAGUAUGGAUCAUUGUAAA